GUUUCUGGCGCCGAAAUCUGGCUACUAUGAAUCUCAAGGUCUUCGGGCUCAUGGGUAACUUGCAACCUGAAUUAUGUAUUUAAUGCAAGGGAAUUUGUAAAUCCGAAUUCCUACCUGUCUUUUGUUCGAACAAUGAGUUAGUAGUACCUUCGACUUCUAUGUGUUUAGCUCAAAAUACAAACUAAAAAUGGGAAACUUUUGUGCUUGUUGUGCUUGGAAGUCUCAUGACAAACCGAUGGGUGAAACAAAUGUCAUCAAUUAUGGAUCUGCCGUUCCUAAUCAUGUUGGCCAUGUAGGAAAAUCACAAUCAAGUUGCCACUCGGAAUGUGCCAAGGAUGGUUUAUCUGGUUAUCGUUCUUUAUCAAAUGAUCCUUCACAUUUAAAUAAUUCUUAUCCUUAUCGUUCAGAUAGUCGCAUUUCUAGAGCAGGACACAAUGGUCCAGCUCCUCUGGGAGAUAUGCAAGGGGUGAGAGACUUUUCUUAUCGAACACAAGGGGACUUUGGUAUGAGCGUCGAACCUUCAGACUUUAUGCUUUCCUCAGUCUACACACAAUCAAGCACUUCAAACUUGCAGCAUAUCUCAGAGAGAGAACCAGAUGAUACUGAGGCUGAUCCAUCUUUAAAUCCAACUAAAAGAACAUUAUUUAUGCAACGUUCCAGUAAAGACAUUGAAAGAAAACUUCGUGAAAUUCGAACUAAAUAUGAUCGUAAUGUUCCACGAACUCGUCAAAAUACCAUUCCUGUACUUUAUCGUUCCAGUUCUACAUCAACUAUAUGGCUGCAUGAUUCAACUGUAACUAGACCAGAUCCUAAAUCCACUGUUCGCGCAUUAGCUCAGGCAAUUUAUUUACAGAUUAAGCAUAGAAAUCAUAAAAUUGCGUGUGAUCCUAUGAUUGAAAUAUUCGAUGAAUCUUUACAUCCUAUACAGAAUGAGCCAGUUCCUUUCGAUUAUGCUACACGUGAUCCAGAUUUGAAAACAGUAUAUCGGUUCAUUCGUAAUUUAUUCCAAAUGGCCCAGCUUUCUCCAGAAUGUGCAAUUGUUACUAUGGUUUACUUGGAACGUCUUUUGACUAGUGCUGAGACAGAAUUGACACCAAGUUCUUGGAAAAGAAUAGUUUUAUGCGCUAUAGUACUGGCUAGUAAAGUAUGGGAUGACCAAGCUGUUUGGAAUGUAGAUUAUUGUCAAAUUUUAAAAGAUAUGCAAGUUGAUGAUGUAAAUGAAUUAGAAAGACGAUUUUUGGAAAUAAUUCAAUUCAAUAUUAAUGUACCUAGUUCAGUUUAUGCGAAAUAUUAUUUUGAUAUUAGAUCACUAUGUGGACCUAGUUAUCAGCCAACGUUAUUAUCUACCGAUCGUGCCUAUAAACUUGAGGCAUUUUCACGAGUAAUGGACGAUCAAUUUCAUGAUCUUGUUCAAAAAUGUCUUACUAAGAAAAAAUGGGGUAGUUUGGAUAGCUUAACAUCUUCACCUUCAUUUCGACGUGCCAUUAUAUCCUGAAAUAGCUGUAUCAACCGGAUUCGUUUUUCUUUACAUUCUGCACUAACGUGACAAUUUAAUUAUUGGCUGGUUUUAUUUACCAUUUUCGGACCUCCUAAUAUCCGUCCUACAUUAAUAUUCUAUCGUUUUAUUCUAUUAAAAACAUCAUUAUUGACUAAUUUUUUUAAAGUGCAUGCACACCAAACUCUCCAGUGUCUCAUACACAUACAUUUUGUAAUCUAAUUGAUCUCAAUUUACUUCUUCAACUAACAGACAAACGAAUUGCAUUUGUGUAUAGUAAUUCACACGUAUAAAUCAUUUGUUGAAUUACAAAGAAUUUCUACUUCACAAGGAACAUUAAUACAAAUUAUUAGUGUUCAGUAUAUAUACAUAGUAUGCAUGCUUUUAAUAACAAUGUAAUAUUUGCCCAUUUCUAUUCCAUUUAUUGUUCUUACUUAUUAAUAUUGCUCAAAGUUCUUUUUAUAAAUUUUGGUUGUCUUUCAACACAAACUUUUAGUUUAACCUAUGUAUGUGUGCAUAUUCUCAUUUCGAAUUAAUGUGGCUUUUGUUUGUUUGUAUUUUUAAAAAUUUCUGUUCACUUUUAUUUGUUGUAUGCAUUUUCCUCAUUUUAUUUCUUUUGUUGCUGUCUUUUAAUGAGAAGAUAAUGUAUAGGCAAUAUAUAUAUAUAUAUAUAUAUAUAUAUAUAUAUAUAUAUAUAUAUAUAUAUAUAUAUAUAUAAACCAGUGAAACAUUCAAGGGAUAAGCGUUGUUGUCACCACCAAGUUGGUUGUACUUUUUUUUCAAACAAAAACUAAUGAAAAUUGUCAGAGCAUUUUUUCCCUUCUCCAUUUUCAAGAUAGUUGUUUAUGUGUAGUAGUGUUAGUUGGUGCAAUCUUAUUGUUUUAUAAACAUAUUUCUUCUACAUCCUACUACACGAUUAAAUAAUCUCUCUAUGUUGUGACGAUCCUGAUAUUAUUAUAUAACAACUAUGUAUAUGUAUCGCAUCCUCUCCUAUUUUUCUCUUAUAAUAAUAUUUGAUAUAUAUAUAUAUAUAUAUAUCGGUUAAUAAAACAAAAUACCAUCAUAACAAUUUAUUUAACUGGAUGUACACCUCUCAAAAUCUUUUAAAAAAAAGUGUUUAAUCAAAUUUACAUCAGUAACCCAUAAAUUCACUCCACUUGGAUAUAACUGCUUUUGACAUUCGAUUUCGUUUCUAAAACCAUUAUGCUCACAAUUAAAAAAGUACAUGUGAAUAUAUCAUUUUUGUUGUGUUUUAAAAAGUUUUUGUAUACAGAAUACGUAAUAG